GCUCCAUAGUCAGAAACGUGAAGCUAGCGACACCAGCGACCAUAGUUAAAUGCCUCCCAGGGGCCAGAGAGGGCGACAUAGAAGCAAAUUUGAAACUGCUGGCUAAAGAUAAUCGUAAAUAUAGUAAGAUUGUUAUUCACGUCGGCGGUAACGACACCCGGUUACGCCAAUCGGAGGUCACCAAAAUUAGCGUGGCAUCGGUGUGUACUUUCGCCAAAACCAUGUCGGACUCCGUAGUUUUCUCUGGACCCUUGCCUGAUCUGACCAGCGAUGACAUGUUUAGCCACAUGUCGUCGUUUCGCCGCUGGUUGUCUAUGUGGUGUCCAUCAAACGACGUGGGCUUUAUUGAUAAUUGGAGCUCUUUUUGGGGAAAACCUGGUCUGAUUAGGAGAGACGGCAUCCAUCCCACUUUGGCUGGUGCAGCUCUCAUUUCUAGGAAUAUGGCUGAUUUUAUUAGUACUCCUAAAGCAUGACAACCCAGAGUUAAGACCAGGAUGCAGAGUUGUAGUCUUAAACACCUCUCUGCAGUUUCCUCACAGCUGUCACCCUCCAGUAAUUCAGUUAAUUCAGUUAACUUUAUUGAGACUGUGUCUGUCCCCCGACCACCAAAAUUCAAUAAAUUAAACAAAUCAAAAAUAUACAAAAGAAAUAGUAACCACAAAAAUUUUAUAAAAAUUAAUACCUCUAUUUCAACGGAGCAAAGAGACAGGAAAAUUAAAUGUGGUCUGUCAAAUAUUAGAUCUCUCUCGUCUAAAUCUCUGCUAGUAAAUGAGUUGAUAACUGAUCACCAGAUUGAUUUGUUCUGUUUCACUGAAACCUGGUUGCAGCAGGAAGAAUUUGUUAGCCUAAACGAAUCAACUCCCCCAAGUCAUAUUAACUGUCAUAUUCCUCGAAUCACAGGCCGAGGAGGAGGAGUAGCAGCAAUCUACCAUUCUAGUUUAAAAUUGAACCAGAGGCCUAAACCUGAUUACAGCUCAUUCGAAAAUCUCACUCUUCGUCUCUCUCAUCCAAAUCUGAAAGCUCAGAAACCAGUUUUAUUUGUUGUUAUAUAUCGUCCUCCUGCUCCUUAUUCUGAGUUUUUAUCUCAAUUCUCAGACUUUUUAUCUGAAUUAGUGCUCAGUUCAGACAAAGUUAUAAUUGUGGGUGACUUUAACAUUCAUGUUGACAUAGACAGCGACAGCCUUACAAGAGCUUUUAAUUCAUUAUUAGACUCACUUGGGUUUUCUCAACAUGUAAAUAAACCAACUCAUAGUUUUAAUCACACUCUUGACCUUGUCCUGACUUAUGGCAUAGAAAUUGAAGAGUUAACAGUAUUGUAUUGGUCUUACAGACCAUUCAUUCAUUCAUUUUUGUGUUUCUACAUAGUGUUCCUUGGUUAUUUACAAAGCGCUAACACCAUCUAUUGGCCACCUUUGGCAAUAGCAGCCUUUGUGUAUAAUUUCUGUUUCCUGUUCUCGUUGGAACGAGAUUUCAGUUGCUAGUCAAUACGAGCCUUCAGUUAGCACAAGCUGUUCUUCGUGGUCAAAUGUAAAAUCCAUUAAUUCUUCUGCAAACCCGAAUCAGUUGUGAUUCCCCCACGGGGGCAAUGCUGUGUCCCUGGUCCCAGAGCUGGAUGCUUCAGAUCUGCGGUCGAUGUUCCACCAGCUGGUCCAGUCUCCAUCAUGUCCACUGUGGGAUGCUGCUGCUGACCUUCCUCCAGCCCUCUGUUUCCAACUCCCUUUUUCCACCAGUCAACUCUGCAUUGCCUUCACUAUACUGUUAUACCAACUUACAUACUGUUUGAAUUUUACUGCUAGCUAUAUAUGGAGUAUGUUUAAUGUCAGAGCCGUACAUCAUAAGAGUAAAUUAUGAGUCAGUUUUCAAUGUUAGCUUAUACUUUGUUUGGUUCACAUAUCCUGUCAUGCAUGUAUCCAAAUGUGUGCUGUGUUUUCCUUGCUUUCCCACCCCUCCCUCUUCUCCCAUCCCUCCCCCUUGCCCUCCUCUGUCCCUCUCAACCCGCCCGGCCAGCAGGCAGAUGGGUCCCCCCUAUAUAGAGCCGGGUUCUGCUCGAGGUUUCUUCCUUGUUAAAAGGGUGUUUUUCCUUGCCACUGUCGCCUUUGGGCUUGCUCUGGGGGCCAGGCAUAUGGGUUCUGUAAAGCGUCUUGAGACGAUUUGACUGUAAUUGACGCUAUAUAAAUAAAAUUGAAUUGAAUUGAAUUGAA